AUGGCAAAACAAUUUCAAGCAUUUCCCCUUUUCAUUCUAGUUCUUUUUGUUUCUGCGAGAAUACUCCAGGCCAUAUCACCAGCACCUGCACCCUCUCCAAUUCCAUACUGGUGGCGAUUUGCACCUGGUUCGGCUCCUUCACAAGGACCAGUACCAUUUCCUCCGGCACCAAUCCCACCACCGCCAGUCGUUCCACCACCUUCGACUGGCGGAGGCGGAGGCGGUGGAGGCGGUGGUGGUGUGCCGACAAAGGAUAAUGGUGGAGGGUCUUCUGGACUGAGCGGGGGACAGAAGGCGGGGAUAACUCUUGGGGUUUUGGCCGGUGCUGGUUUAAUGGGGUUUGCUACUGUUGUGUACAUGAAACGCCGGAGUAAUAUCCAGCGAGCACGUUUUGGGGCAUCGGCUAGAAGAUCUCAAUUAUGA